CACUGAAAGAGACAGAAAUUGAAUGAUCUAUCCAACGUGACACAGUUGCACUAGAUUUGAAUUCAGGUUGUCCUGAUUCUAGGCUCCAUACCCUGUGCAUUAUACCAUAUCAAGGAGCCCCUUCAAUUAUGAGAUCUGUCAUAAUGUGGCAGUGGCGAUCUUGUGUUUUUGGUGCUGAGUCUCUGGAAGGGAUCCUCCCUUCUUUAUUGCUACCUCCCUCUUUAAGGCCAAAGUGGUGGCUGUAGAUGAAAAAGUCAUGGUCAAAGUUGGGGCUCCUUAUCUGCUUCCCUUCUAACACAGCUAGAAAUCCUAACAUUGAUCCAAGGGGUUAACACUCAGGCUUUCUCUUCAACUAUACUGAGGCAGCUAAAGUCCUUCAGUGUCUCACAUUUUAGCACAUCUCUAGGGGAGAAAGUAUUUCACAAACUUGGCUUCCUUGACACCAUACCUUCCUGUUCCCAUCAUACCACAGGCUGAAAUCUAGUUCCGAGGUCCAGUUGGGCAGGAACCCCUGUUGCCCAACAGAACAUGGCAGAAAAGAUAUAAAAAGGAACUGGCUGAGAAUCAGUGAGGCAGAGGAAGGAUCAUGGAGCACCUCAGGAAGGUACUGCUGUUGGUCAGUGUGGUCACUCUCAUUCCUGCCCAAGUUUUGCCUCAGUCAUCCCCAAGGGAUGGGAACACCCUCUCUGCAGCCAUUCACUUCUACAACCAGGUACAUGGGACAAAGAAUGCAUUCAAGGUAUUGGAAACACACCCUCCUCCAUCUAAUCAGGGAGCCCUUGAGCAAAGGCUGAAGUUUCUAAGCUUUACCAUGAAGGAGACUAUGUGCCCAAGGAAUGAGGAGUUCCCCUUGCAGCAGUGUGACUUCAAAAGAGAUGGGCUGGUGAAGAAAUGUCAAGCCUCUGUAUCCAAUGAACAAGACAUUGUUGCCAUCAUCCUCACCUGUGACUUAGGGGCCCUAUUGCUCCCUCGCUCCAGAAGAGCCCUUUACAGACGUAGGAAAUAUCCAACGAGCUAUUACCUUUUACUUGGAGGAAAAGGAAAUAAUAGAGGGUAUAAACCACAUAUCAUUUACGUCUAGGUCAUCUUGAACUGCUGUAUCCCCAAGGCCAGUCCAAAGCAGUCAGUCAUUGUCUUUUCCCUGGCAUUAUUUACUUUCCAUUUUCUCUCCCAAUAAACAUCCAUGUGAGGAAUAUGAAUUGAGCCAUGGGUAAAACUUCUUUGCAUGUAUUUCCCCACAUGGAAGGGAAUGGAAGCUUGUGUCCUAGAGAACUCUUGUGAAUUAUAAGGUCGGUGCUUUAGAGCACUGUGUGGAGCAUGUGUGGACAUGCUAUUAUUGCUUAUCGACUGCCGAGUCAUAUGGGUUAGAGGAGCUUCUUUGGCUAUGGAUUUGGAAUUGGGAAUAUCUUCAAAAGGCUUAAGCCUCCAUCACUUUUCUUCAGCCAUUCUCUCUCAGUCGGCUGAGCUAAGACAUCUCACGCCCAGUGGCAGAGCUCAUUCAGUCUGUGUAUUGUCUGCUAUAUUUUCCCCUGUAUCUCCUCUGGUUUCUGUUUGUUUUCUGCUUGGAUAAAUGAACUCAUUGGACAUUC